AUGGCCGACGAGAGAAUUGUGCUCCCGAGUGUCGCCGAAAUCGAAGCAUCAACUGAUAUCCUCAGCGACCCGAGCAGAUCCGUCAAGGUCGUCCGAGUAAGAGAGCGCUUCGCGGUCAAAGUGGGCACCUCCAUCCCGCCGUUAGAAGGAGAGAACAUGAAGUUUGUGGCUGCUAACAGCAAGGUCCGUGUCCCCAAAGUCCACGAUCAUUUUGUCGAUCCGGAGACCCAGAAGCGAUAUAUUAUCAUGGAUCAUGUCCCCGGCACCGAUUUGCAGAAGUUAGCGCCGUCUCUUCCGGAAGACCAGAAGAAGACGGUCAGCAAACGCAUCAAAGAGGCGCUUGAUGAACUGCGGCAUAUCCCUUCCCAGGGGUAUUUGGGGAACUUGAAUCGCACACCUUACUACGAGGGUAUUCUCUCUACUCUUGAUCAUGACCCGAGCAUAUCUGGUCCCUUUGACAAUGAGGAGCAAUUGAAUCAUGGCCUUUUAAAAUGCCUAGGGCAAAGAGAGUCGCCGUAUUACGUCCGCCUGCUUCGUGAAGCAAUCCAACGUACGCUCAGGGGACAUAAAACUGUCUUUACCCAUGCGGAUCUCCAGCCGAAGAACGUGAUGGUUGAACAGAAAGGAGUGUGUGAAGAUGGAAGUCCGGAUUAUCAGAUAACACUAAUUGACUGGAAUCUGGCUGGCUGGUAUCCCGAAUACUGGGAUUAUUGCAAUUCGACGGUCUACUGCCAGGGAAAACCCGAGUGGCUUGAACUAGUCCCAGAUAUCUUUGAUGAGUAUCCAGUGGAAUACCUCAUGAUGCGAACCCUCUACACGUCAAUGUUUUACUGA